AUGUACGUCAAUCAGAAGAAGCUGUGCGCUUGCCUUGCCCUCUGGCACAGCAUCGCCGCCGCCGACCGACUGUUCCCCCGACAAACGCCGGCGCCCUCGUCCACCGGCUCCGCCGCCCCCGAAGUCACCGCCGUGACUGGCUGCCACCUUCAUGGAUCGCAACUAGCUUGUAUAGCGGGAGGAACCGAGUUCGUGGUGAAAACGACCCCUACGCAGACCUCGAAUAUUCCCGCGCAGUUUACCGGCUGCCAUCAUCAUGGCUCCGACAUGUUCUGUAUCGGUCCUGAUGGCGAGGAUGUAGAGGUCAGCCCCGAGGCCGGUAACGCCGCCGAAACCCAGGACCACGGGUCCGAAGGCGACGCUUCUGCCGGCCACAAGCACUGCCAUUUCCAUGCCGGCGUCGAGCAUUGCGUGGGAGGUGACGAGAACGAGGCAGCUUCCGGGUCCCAGUGCCAGGGUGCCAAGCGUGAUUACAACGUCGGCCUCCGAGUCGGUCUUUUGUUUGCCAUCCUCGCUACCAGUGCCCUCGGUGUCUUUGCCCCCAUCCUUUUGCAAAGCAUUCUUCCACGGAAGCUCACGUUGGCCUUCAUCGUCCUCAAGCAGUUUGGUACCGGAAUCAUCGUCUCCACGGCGUUUGUUCAUCUCUACACUCAUGCCACGCUCAUGUUUGGCAACAAAUGCCUCGGCCAGCUCGGCUACGAGGGCACCACGUCAGCCAUCCUCAUGGCCGGCCUGUUCCUCUCUUUUCUCAUCGAGUACAUCGGCCAGCGCAUCGUCCAGGCUAAGACGAAGUCUUCUUCGGCCCUCACCGCCGAGGAAAAGGCCCAUGCCCUCUUGUCGGCUGAAGUGGUCAGCAUUCUUGUCAUGGAGGCGGGCAUCCUCUUCCAUUCGCUCCUCAUCGGCCUCACUCUCGUCGUUGCCGGCGACUCCUUCUUCGUCACCCUCUUUGUCGUCAUUCUCUUCCACCAAGUCUUUGAAGGCCUCGCCCUCGGCACCCGGAUCGCAACCCUCGGUACCGACCAUCACAGAGACGACUCGUCUGGUACUACCUCCAACAGCAACGUCCGAGACGCCGAUAAGUCGGCCGCCGCGGCUGUCGUCGCCGAUCCUUCGUCUUCGUCAGCGUCCUCCUACCCCCUGGCCUCCAGCACCGGCUUCUCCAUGAAGAAGAAGCUCGGACUCGCGGCCCUCUUUGCCUUCAUCACUCCUAUUGGCAUGGCCAUUGGCAUCGGCGUCUUGCAAAAGUUCAACGGCAACGAUAGAUCGACACUGAUCGCCAUCGGGACCCUCGACGCCCUCUCGGCCGGCAUCCUCGUCUGGGUGGGCGUGGUCGAGAUGUGGGCGGCCGACUGGAUGGUGGGCGCCCAUGGCCACCGGGCUGAGCUGGCCGAUGCCAACAUGCUCACCGUCACCCUCGCGGGGUUCGGUCUUGUGGCUGGCAUGGCCCUGAUGAGUCUGCUUGGAAAAUGGGCCUAG